GCUCAUUUAUACCCCUCUUAUUGCGAGGGAUGCCACUGGAAGCCACGGCGUAAUCAGGAGGAACAAGAGGCAACAUGGCACUUGGAGGCUUUGUGGAUUGGAGGGGAAACGCCAUCAACAGAGAGGUACAUGGUGGAGUCAGAGCAGCCUGGUUUCUGUAUGUUCUGACCGUGGUUACAAACGUGGUUAUUGUCCCAAACCUGCUGAAUCUAGUUACUUAUCUCCAUGGAACAAUGCAUAUGGGGGUAUCGGGCUCUGCAACUACAUCCACUAAUUUUUUUGGUGCCACAUCCGGGUUUGCAUUAAUAGGAGCUUUCCUAUCGGACUCCUACAUUACUCGCUCUAGAACUAUGCUCCUCUUUGGUCCUUUUAUGUUUCUGGGAUAUGGAUUGCUCGCGCUGCAAGCCUACCUGCCCUCACUCCAUCCACCACCUUGUAAUAUUGAAGCAGAGCUAAAUAACUGCAAAGAGGUCCAUGGAUGGAAUGCUGCCUUAUUGUACACAGGCUUGUACAUGACUGCUUUUGGAGAUGGUUUUGUGCGUGUUUGCUUGCCAUCUCUUGGUGCAGACCAAUUUGACCAUAAAUAUCCUUCUGAGUCACGCCAACAGUCCAGCUUCUUUAACUGGUAUACCUUCGGAAUCUCCUUUGGAGGUUUUGUCGGGCUGAUUUUCAUAGUGUGGCUCGAGAACUACAAAGGAUGGGCCAUCGGACUUGGGGUGUGUUGCAUCCUAAUUCUGCUCGGAUUGCUCAUAGUUGCUGCUGGUUUUCCUUUCUACCGCAACCAAGUACCAGAAGGAAGUCCUUUAACUCGAAUACUGCAGGUUCUUGUGGUUGCAUUCAAGAACAGGAAGCUUGAACUACCUCAGAAACCGGAAGAAGCACAAGAAAACAAUACUGGGUCAGGAACAGGUUCUAUUGACGCACUCUCUCAAACAAAUAGUCUGAAAUUCCUCGACAAAGCUUGCAUCAACCCUGGCAGAAAUGGUGCCUGGUCAGUUUGCACUGUGACGAAGGUGGAGGAGACGAAGAUUGUGCUCCGUGUGCUUCCUCUCUUCAUCAGCUCCAUGGUCGGAUACAUAUCAAACAUUAUCCUCUUCACAUUCACUGUUCAGCAAGGUGGCAUGACGAACACAAGUCUGGGCAAGAUCCAUGUUUCCCCUGCGACACUUUUUAUCAUCCCCAUCACAUUCCAAAUGGUAAUGCUUGCUGUCUAUGAUCAGUUCAUUGUGCCAUUCUUACGAAAGCGCACUGGCUACGUCGGUGGCAUCACUCAUUUGCAACGCAUCGGUAUAGGCUUUGUGGCCAUGUUACUUGCCUCGGUCAUUGCAGCCAUUGUUGAGAAAAAGAGAAAGGAAGCUGUAGUGCAGAUGUCCUUGUUCUGGCUUGCACCUCAGUUCUUCCUGCUUGGCGUGGCAGACGUGACAUCGUUCACCGGGCUCCUUGAGUUCUUCAACAGUGAGGCACCACGGGGCAUGAAGUCAAUUGCCACGGCAUUGUUCUGGUGUGAUCUGGGGCUUGCCUCAUUGAUGGCCACAUUCCUGGUGGAAGUUGUGAACAAGGCCACAAGGCAUGGGCAACAGGGGGGGUGGCUGGAGGGUUCAAGCUUGAACAACAGCCAUCUUGACCUCUUCUACUGGGUUGUGGCUGUUGUCGGAUUGCUCGGUUUCCUCAACUACCUGUACUGGGCCAAGAAGUACGUGUACCAGCACAAUCCACGCAUCGCCGAGCUACCGGCUGAUCAGGAUUCGCCUUGACAUAUGGCAUGCGCAUGGUAUAUUACUUCAGCAAAGGACAUGGAUGUCUGUUUCACCAUGUCAUCGAUUAGUGAAGUUUGCAAAGCAAUGUAAAUGUCUUUACUAGAGUAUUCUGCUGUCAUGUGUUGAUUUGUGAUGCCUCCAUAAGAAAUGGCUCUCGCCAUAUCAUGUUUUGUGGAUACUUAUAUUACGCUUGUGAACAGUGGAGUUGUCAAUUUGUCAUCUCGGUUAUAACCUCA